UAUACAAAUAUGCAUACUCGGUCUCGAGCUACUUCAAAUUUCUCGAGUUGUCUUUAAUGGCAUUUGACAUAAUUCCUUUUUAAUUUAUUUGGUUUCAUUCAUUUCUUUGUGCAGCCGGCUUUUUCUUCUCUACCUAUCUGUGAAAGAUGACCGACUAUUACAGUUAUUUCAACUCCAACAGUUCUUGUGACGAGUUCUUUGCUGAUUACCCUCUGAGCAACACCAACCUGAGACCUACGGUAGAAAUUCAAAUGGAGACAUCUAAAGUACAAACUAGCGCGGACGGACUGCUGUUGUCCAGCCUGGAAUCUACAAGAAACCUUCGACAGCCUGGGAGGGCGACGCCUGAAGUACAAGAUGGGACGAACGGACUGCCGUUGUCCAGCCUCGAAUCUACAGGAAACCUUCGACAGCUUGGGAGGGCGACACCUCAAGUACAAGACGGCGCCAAGGGACUGCUGUUUUCGGUCGAUGGUAAUCAGGCUAACUUGGGCAUGAAAAGAGACCUUGAAUUAGUCCCCUGUAACUUGUCCGUAGCUGAAGGACGAGUCACAAAGAAGCAGUGCCGGAGAACCUUUUUUAUCGAUGAAUCAUCAACUCUCCAACAACCAGAACCGAAAAGGAAAGAGCUUAUUUCGGGAAAAACUAUAAAGGAAGGUGCGAAAGUUUUAGUGGAUCGGAUAGACCGAAGACUAAAUAAAACUUAUGGGAAGGUAUAUAAGAUGGUGGCGAUGAAAGCCUCUCAGCUCUGCCCACAAGUUUUCGGCUCACUUGAGCAAAUCGAAACACGAUGGCCAGUGCUGUCUGGUCUCCAGAAAGUUAAGCAAAAUAUCAAGGAAAUCCUGGAGAAUCACAAGGGACGCCUAUUACCAGAAGCUGAGGCGAAGCAGAAACUGCUCCAAGUAGAAAAGGAGCUCGAACAGUUGGAUCAACUAGAGGAGUUCAACGGGGAGACGGUAGAAGAGAUUUAUUCUGCAUGUUCACAGAUGAAAGAAAUCAGUGGAAGUUUGCCAACUCGUGAAGAAUUUCAAUCUAAAUUUAGUGAGUUAGAAAAGGAAAUUUAUGCGAAAGACAACAACAAAGUGGAUGUUCAAGACUUCCCAGGCUUACAACAAGCAUUGGAUAACAUUACUGGCUGGGGAAAACUUCCAAAUUACCUUGAGCCUAUUGCGAUUCGAAUCGAAGCAGCUCGUGGAAAAGCCACUGAAAUUUCCCAAAUCGGUAGUCAACUUCUGGUCUGCGCAGCAAUUAAAGAGAUGGAAAAUUUGCUAGUCAAGGAUUUGGACUUGGAUAGGUUGAAAAAGUGGGGAGCUACCCUUAAUAAGGCCAAAGAACAUGGUUUUCAAGUGGGAUUUGCUGAUAACCUGUUGGAGUUGAAGUUGCUUGCCUACUUUGCUACUCAAUUAUUGGGUUGUGGAAUCCUAAUUGGCUGAGCUUUCGUGGUUGUGCAUCAAAAGGUGUUUUUGCAUUUGGUAAAUCAACCUUCCAUAUAAGCUUCAAUUUGGUUUUGAUGGACUUUAGUUUCUAUAUUUACUUGUUCUCUAUCUAAAACUUUAUGGUUCUCAGUAUCUUAACUUAUUUAUCUGUAUUGCAUUCAUAUAUUUUGUUGUGUCGUAUGGUUUAGCUGAAUUGUAUGCAUAUAUUUAGUUGUGUUGUAGUUGUAUUUGAGAUGCUUUAUAUUUAUAUUUUAUGUUUACGGAUUUUGAGACAUUGAUAUAUUUUAUAUUGCUGUUUUUUUUUUUAAGGUAAAA